AUGACUUCUUACGCCUUGAGAACCGAUGAAUAUCAAGUAAACGAUGGUUAUUCUAUUCAACUUGAAAUUGAUUUAAAUAGUCCAAUUACAUUAAAGCUUUGCCAUAAUUAUAUAGUAAAAGGGUCUGUUUCAUUUAACAACGAUCAAUGUUCGUUACUCACACAUCGACUCUGUGAAACGACAAAUGAUCUUUAUGAAUUAUUAACUGAUCUGUUGUCAACAACAUCAUCAUCUACUAAUUCUAAGAUUUAUGUUGUAAGCGAUAAUCAUCUCAACGUGUCAUUUCCAAUAUACUUUGGUAGUCGAAAUCUAACGAAAAUAUGGUCGUUUAAGAUUGAAUUUUUAAAUUUAUCGUCAUCUAAUAAUAAUAAUAGCAUGGAAGAGAUUACAUUAGAUCCUCUCGAUUGGACCGAAACAAGAUUAUUAGGACAUCAAGUCAUGAAUGAUAUGAUCAAUUAUUUGCAAGAUCUUCGUCUUCGGCCUACAUGGUGUCCUGUACCAUUAGCUGUACAGGAAUCAUUGUCACAACAAGACAUUCCAUUGAAGGGUCAAUCUGCAUGGCAAGUCUAUGAUGAAGUUCGCUCGCUUAUUUUACCAUAUCCAUUGGGUAAUAUUCAUCCUCGCUUUUGGGGUUGGGUCAUUGGUACAGGUUCGCCUAUUGGAGUUUUGGCUGAGUUAAUUACCGCAACGAUGAAUAAUCAAUCGUGGGGUGGUAAUCAAGCAAGUAUAUAUUUAGAACGUCAAGUAUUGACAUGGCUAAAAAUUAUCAUGGGCUUUCCAAAUGACGAGACUUGUUCAGGUGCACUUAUGAGUGGUACAUCAGUAGCAACGAUGGUAGCAUUAACUGUUGCCAGAAAAAAAUUUCAUGAUCGUAAGAUGAAAAUUUACUGUUCAACAGAUGCACACAAUUGCAUUAUUCGAGCAGUCGAUAUUCUUGGUAUUGGGAAAGAAAAUAUAAUUAUCAUUCCAACUAAUACACAACGGCAAAUUGAUUUACAGAUCUUGGAAAGAUCAAUAGAUCUAAGUUGUGGUGGAGUUAUUGUUGGUAGUGCAGGAACAGUAGGUACUGGUGCUAUUGAUGAUCUUAAUGGAUUGGCUGAUUUAUGUGCUCGUCAUCCUAAUGAUCUCUGGUUUCAUAUAGAUGGUGCUAUUGGAGCAGUAGCUUGUUGUUCGGCACGUCUUCGACCUCUAUUCGUCGGUCUCGAACGAGCUGAUUCAAUUGCAUUCGACCUACAUAAAUGGCUCUUCGUUCCAUACGAAUGUGGAUGUAUUCUAAUUCGUGAUGGUCAAUUACAUCGUGCAGCAUUAGGCCAAUCGGCUUCCUAUUUAUCAUUGAUGGAUGGCGGUGUUACACCAAGUACUGGUGCCAUGUUCUUUAGUGAUUAUGGAUUUGAAUUAGCGCGUAGUAUGAAAUCUCUCAAAGUUUGGAUGACAUUUAAAACUUAUGGUCUCGAGACAUUCAGUCGAAUCAUAGAACAAAAUAUUGAUCAAGCAAAAUAUUUUGUUUCAUUACUUCAACAACAUUCAGAUGAACUUGAAUUGCUCAGUGCGGGUCCACUCAAUAUUGUCUGUUUUCGUUACAUUAUACCACAUUCGAAUAGUGUCGAUUUGGAGACAACGAACAAAUUUAAUAAACAAUUACUAGUUACUAUUCAAGAACGUGGCAUAGCUGUUGUUUCAACAUUUAUUAUCGAUGGCAAUAUAUUUGCAUUGAGAAUGUGUAUAACAAAUCAUAGAACAAAACGAUCGGAUCUUGACCUAUUUCUUGAACAACUUCUUCUUAUUGCUCAUGAACUUGUAAUGAAACCUGAAUUUUUUAACAAUAAAUAA